CCCCCCCCCCCCCCCCCCCCCCCCACUUUCCUUACUUUCGCCGCAGUAAAUGUCGUCAAGGCACGUGCGUGUUUAGUGUGUGUGUGUUGUGUGUCCUUUGAACGUGUGCUCGAUUGUCUAUAGUGUGUGACCCACGUGUGUGGGGUGUUUGUGUGUUGACUGUCGGGUGCUGGGUUUUGUCGUUUGUCGCAGGCCGUCCCCCGGGGUUCUCUUUUCCUUGCGUGUGUCUCUCUCUUUGGUGGUGGGAGUAGUUGGUGUGGCCCUCGGCAACCCGGCGUCGUCGUCCCGGCGGUGAUGGCCCCGUUCUCGGCGCGCGCGCCGGAGAACCAGCGCUCGCGGGUCUGCGGCGCGGCUGUGUCGUCGACGACGAGCAUUGUCGAAGCCGCCGAGCGUCGUCGGGCGUGAUGAGCGAACGCCACCACCACAGCCGCCAGCAGCAGCCGCACCGCCGGUGCUCCUCGUCCCAGCCCUCGGAGGCGCCGGACGCCGGCCGCAGGCUGAAGCAGCGGCCCAAGAAGGAGACCGCGGCGGCGGCGCCGUCGCCCGCGAGGGCUGCGACCUCCUCGCGGACUGCGCCCUCGCGACGGCCCAGCGAGGCGGCGAAGGCGGCCGCCGGGGCCCCGCCCGCGCGUAGGAACUCCAAGUCCAAGGCACAACAGCCACCGCCCAAGCCCCAGCCAAAGUCGCAGCAGCGGAAGCCGGAGCCGCCGGCGCGGCAGAACGGGGAGCGCAUCGGCCGCAAGCGCAGAGCGGGCGCCGGGCGUACACAGGCCAUCCUGGGCCUGUGCGACUCGUUCUCGUCGCAGUGCGACCUGCGAGGAAGCCGCUCUGCCUCUGCGGCAGUUCCUCCGGGGGCCGGUGCCCGGGCUGUGGAGUCGGUCCCAAGCCCUGGCCCCAACCUGCGACCCAAGUUUCCCGCCUUCCUGGCAUCCAUGGCAGCGGUUGAGGAUUGGCCCACGGCUCGCGUCCAGCGUGUCGCCAGCCUCAAUGCUAUGGCCAAGGUGCACAUCUUGUAUGAAAACGAGAGCCGCCCGGCCAUCGUCGAAGCAGACGACACGCAGGAGGACUGCAAGGCCCUGGUGCCGCUGAGGACGGACCACCUGCCAUCACCAUCUCCGCCACCGCAGUCCCCUCCACCUCCAUCUCCUCCUGCACCGACCACGGGGACCAAACGGAGGAAGAAGCCCACUGCAGUUGUUGCCCGUAAGGUGAUCAAGCGGAAGCGGGAUGUCCUCGACGCCGACGUGGAAAUCAUUGACACACGGCAGUGCCGUCGUAUGGCCAGCCUCAAUGCCCAAGCCAUCAUGGCUGCCAGCUACAGUCGGGAGCGCAGUAGCCGCAAGUUUGACAAGGAAUCUCCAUCAUCAUCCUCUUCCUCAUCGUCAUCGUCAUCUUCGUCAGCAGCUUCGUGCGAACUUAAGGUCGUACACCACCACCAUCAGCAGGAGAUUGUUGUCUGCUCAGUGCAGACGAAAACCGUCCACAAGACGGUGCAGGAGAAGGCCGAAGUGCCAGUGUUGCCCAUCGUGCCCAAGGGGCCGCACGGGGAGGUAGUGAGGCGGCCGCGCAAGAACGACGCCAAGGGGUCGUCGUCUGCCGACGCGACGGCGUCGUCCUCAUCGGUGGCGGUGAGCGAGUACCGCGAAGUGGUGCGCAUCAACACCACCAAGGAGAUGGCAGUGAAGGACGAGCGGCGCGAGAAGGAAGGCGUCACACACCUCUACCACUACCACACCAAGGCCACCUGCCUGCAGAUGCAGACGACGUACAGCGGACCUCCGAGCCCCGUGCCGUCACACCCCGCAGUGCUGGGCCCUCAGGCACCGGGGUAUGACCGGGGUUUGCACUCGGAGUGUGCAUGGUAUUAUGGUCCACCGUCGUACCCUCCCGCCCUGACGGGUCCGCCGCCUCCCAUGGCAGCGGCGGCAGCAGCGGCGCUCAUGCCCCCGCCAACGGCCAGUGCUAGCUCGGCAACUGCUCCUCCUGCCUACGGUGUGAACCAUGUCAUGCCCAUGAGCGGGGCGCCAGUGCACCGGCACUACGGCAGCGCCUUCACCGUGCCCCACUAUGGACAUGCGGUGCCAUACCCACAGGCAGAGUACAUGCCCAGCUACUACCAACCUGCGGGGCCAAUGAUCCAGCCGCCGCCGCACGACCAAUGCCUCAUUCACAAGCCCGUGCCGUACCACCCACAGCAUCGGGCCGCCCCAGUUCCCCCGCCUCCGCCCCCCAGCGGGUUCCCCUCUCCUCACUGCCCUUCCCCCCUCUGCCCCCCACCUCCUCCGCCGCACUGUUACUCGGAACACAUGCCUUGCAGUCCCCCUCCACAGCCCCAGGGCAGCGGAGCCCCAGGCCCCACUCCUCCCCAGGGCUACCCGCCCUAUCGGCCCGGCCCCUACCAUGCCCAACCACCUUUCCAGCCGCAGCCUGCCUCUAGCUCGUCCAGCGCUCCGCCCCCAGUUUCGUCAUCGGGCGUGGCUCCGCCUCCGGCUCCACCGCCCCAGUCAACCACCGACUCUUAUCAGAUGUCGACGACGGCGUCUGCAGCGACUGUUCCCAAGUCGGAGCCCGUGACACCGCCGGAAACCAAGUCACCGUCGCAGGGCAACGACUUUUCGGACGCUUCCAAAGCGGCAGGAAAGGACGGCGGGGCCAAUGGCGAGUCGCGGACAACCCCCUUCCAGCCGGAAGCACAGCUGUCCGUGGCCGAGCCUCUAGUCCUGACAAAGAAUGCGCCCAAGCCACCACCGGUGAAGCCAAUGGCAACGACGCUGCAAUCGGAGACGAACAUCACGGCUAUAGAACCGGUCGCGGCCACAAAGAAAAGACCAAGGAGUGUGGAGAAGCAGAUCAAGGCUGGCACAGUGGCAGCGCAACAGAGAUUGGGCCGAGCUUCGUCGGCAGAAGAACGAAUGACCGACAAAAAGUCCUCUUCGGCAAAGACUGUGAAACGGAGCUUCCUGAAGACCAGCGAGACAGAUAAGGUGUGCCUGCCGGCUGCUAAAAACGGCCUCAAGAAGUCUCUUCCAAACCAUGUGGCAGCCGUUGGAGUCGCGGAGAAAAAGAGGCUGAGGCUAUCUGUCGGACCAGAGGAGACCUCUCCAACAGAGCUGUCGUCCGGAACAGCGGAAAACGUUUCUUCUUCCGCAUCCGCGGUGUCGACGCCUGUGGCUAGCAAGAAAAGUGCCGUCGUGACGAACACUGCCAACGACAGUGAAGGUGGUGUGAGCGAACAUGCUGCGAGCCUGCCCCCGGGCAAGCCGCGGAAGGAGAACGGCUCGGCCGGCACCGCGCAGCCGACUGCAAAGAAGGUGCAGUCGUCCUCUGUGACUGGUGCGGCGGGGCCGAAAAACUCUUCCCUGCUGCAGGCCAACAAGACCCCCGUUGUAGUGCUUCCCCCGAGACUGCUGCUGAGCAACAAGCGACUGCCGCGGAGGAAGUUUGCUCACGGGUGGUCUUGGGAUGGCGAGCCCAUCCAGAGGGUCGUCGUCAUGAACAACGAGGAUACCCCACGCUUCCGGCUGUGCUUCCCAGCGAUGCGGCAUGUGGAGGGUGAUGUAAUUCGGGUACGGGACUGCGUGCUGCUCCGGUCGGGACCGCGCAAGAUCGACCUGCCAUUUGUGGCCAAAGUGGCGGCGCUGUGGGAGAAUGCGGACGACGGCGAGAUGAUGAUGAGUCUUCUGUGGUACUAUCGUCCCGAGCACACGGACCAGGGCCGCAAGUCUCACCACAUGGAGGACGAGAUCUUUGCCUCCAAGCACCGCGACGCCAACAGUGUCGCGUGCAUCGAGGACAAGUGCUACGUGCUGACCUUUGCCGAGUACUGCAGGUAUCGAGCUCGAGCAAAGUUGCUCGAAGAAGGGAUCCGGCCACCGAUGGCAGUAGUGCCCGACCAAGAAGGCGGCUACGCUCGACGUGACAGGCUGCCUCCAGGUCGAAUGGACCCGCAGAUGGUGUUCUUCUGCCGGCGCGUGUACGACUUCCGUCAGAAGCGCAUCCUCAAGAACCCUUCCUGAAGAUGUCGUGCCCCGAGGCCCCCCCUUUCUCUCCUUCGAGGACAGCAUAGGCAAUGGAUGACGCAUUCCGACACAGCGGUGUGACCCACGGCAGUUCCCGUGUUCCACCUCCAUCGUUUUUUUUUUUUUUUUCUAGUUUUCUGUUGUUCUCUCUGUUCAUCUGUGGGCAUCAUAUUGAUGGGUUCCUUUUGUUUGUCUGGGCUGGGCUCGGAUGUCAUUUCGCAGUUUCCUGCCCUGAUUGCUGAAGACAGCGUUGCACCCUGGUACUCGAUGCAUGUUAAGAGCGGGGACGCGAAGCGAUGUAGCCGAGCUGCGGUGUGGUGAAAGGCGAUUUGCCUCACCAGUCUCCAAGUUGAAACAUGCUGCAGCUUGCGACUGUCGGUUUUCGAGUGCCGCUUUCAUUGCCGUCAGCAGAGAUCUGGUUUGGUGCUGUGGGGGCACCCUUAUACAGUGCAAUGAGUUGUGGAAGCAAGUUUGCAAGUGCAAGUGCUUGCAGUUCGGGUUAUGAGGUGCGUGCGAUAACCACGCACAGCAAGAGAUUACCGAGAAACUCUACAGUCCAUCUGAACUGAGCCCAAAGUUAACUAAGUUGCUGCUAACUCAUCAUUCGUCACAGCUGUUCAAAACGAAGUGCUGAUUUUAAGAUAUGCUGUUCCUAUGCAGUAGAGUUCUUCUGUUUGCACGUUUAGCAGUUAACCAUCAUUUAUUCCAUCCUUUCUGCAGAACCAGUGAGCUUGCACUACAAGAUUUCUAUAGCACAUUGUACAUCUGGGUAUGAACAAAGCUAAAGCUUUCAGUCUGAAGACAACUGCCAGAAAAAGCAACGUAACCAAAUGAAAGCCUGAUCAAAAGCCCCAUGCACAAUCUAGUUCCUUGUAAUCUGAGGACUUCGUGUUUGCUGCAGUGGGUAGUAGUAAUAUUAGUUCUGUAAUACAGGUACCUGGGCAGUUUGUUUCAUUGUAUAUUUGCAAGUAUGUUUUGCUAAUUGCUGCCGAAUGGCCUCUUCCUUUUGGACCCUUCAUCUGCGAAACGCUACUGGAGGGGCCAGCCGUACUUAAGGAAAUAUUGGAAGCCAAGCAUUGUAAAGCCACUCUGCACACAUGUUGUGGUACGUUUUCAUCAUACACUUGAAAGGCACAAUCAGUUCAGAGCAGUGCCUCGAGCAUAUGUGCAUUUGAACUCUGUGUACGUUAAAUUUGUUAACACUUCCUAUAGGUAUUUGUGCCGACUACAUUGUUUUGUUACUCUCACUAGAUGUGAGAUCCUAUGUUAAAAACAGCUGCACCAGUUUGUGGCUGGUUGCUGACCUUCAGUGACUUCGUUGCAUCCUCAUUGUCACUUGCAAAGUUGCUUGUGUGUUGUUUCUCGUGAAAGUGUCAUUUUUUACUUGAUGCAGUAUUUUUCCUUCUUUCAUGUGUGAACGUGCAAGGAACGUUGUCGGCUGUUGUCGGCUCAGUUGUUUCAAGCCGGAGCAUUGAAAAAGUUUGGCGCAGGAAAAAUGCAACAGAUGUCUUUGCCCCUGAAGAUGAGCGCCAUCGUGCUUCGAGCGCCCGAGUGGAGCACGCAGAGCCAUUUAACAUGCCACCAGUUUUGAAUUCAAUCUUCACCGCAUAUCCCAUCUUCCCGCUCUUGGUUCACGAAAAAAAAAAAAAUGCGGACGAUUGGGGGGCUGAAGUCUGGCGCAAAUGCAACGGCCAGAAGUUGGGAGCACAUCCUGUAAAUCGAACGCGGACCAAUCACGAUCAAACACGGACAAGCAGCAUCUAUCGUCACCCUUCAGGAGCAAUCUACAGUCAUCAUUCCCCACUGUCAACUGCUGUGUUGCAAAGCUGUCCUCCAAAGACAUUUUCAAUCAGCACAAAGUAACUGAGGCGACGUGCGGCACCAUAAGCGUUUGGACAUUGCUGUGUUGUCAAAAAGCACUCGCGUACGCAAGCGGAGGUUGUGCCUCUGCGUGAACUUUGUUCCACUAGCAGUGACCCUGCAGAAACGGCAAGAGCAACAUUGAAUCAAUGUGUUAGCGCCGUCACGAGCCAUUCGAAACGGCACAGGAGCCCCAGGGUUCAGUGGCGCCCUCGUACUAGUUUGACUGAAGUUGUGGGGAGGGAGGGGGUGUGCUUCGUGUCAGGACUUGUGUUAAUAAUUUGUUGUGAAAUAAAUUCUCCUUUCUCUCUACCUUUUUUUUUUUUUUUUUGCUACUGUGAAACCACCGUGUGCAUGUGCGUUAGGUGUUUCUUUAACCUAGGAGCCUCUUUUUCUUUUUUUUCUUUUCCUCUUUUUAUAAUGCUGCUUAGUUGCACUACAGUGCAACAGCACUUUGCCAUCUGCUGCUGCAACACUCCGUAAUGUGAACUGUAGCCACUGAAAUUUCCUCGUCCUUUCAUUCAUUGAAAGGUUCCCGCUUGCCUUAAUUUUUUACUCUACGUUGUACAAAGAACUACCCUACUAAUUUUUUUAUGAUUUCACCUUUGGUUUGUCAGGUUUGCCCGGGAUUGGUGGUCUUACACGCUGUGCCACUAAUUUCAUCUUUUUUCUCCCUGCAUUUAUGCAAAUGAAACAAUGCCUAUCUAUAUAUAAAUACAUAUAUAAAUAUAUAUAUAUAUAUAUGAGAGUAUAUAAAGAUGCACAUAUUGUGUUAGUCAGUCAUGAAAUUGUCAGUUUUGGCAACUUUAGAUUCUUCUUUCACCCCAUUUUGUUUUCGUUUUUUUUUUUUAAUUGCACGCCGACUUUAAUAUAUACACUUGUUUUCUGCAUGCUUCUGCAGCCUGUAGAUUUUUGCCCCUUUUCAUUGUGUGUUGCAUGUACUUUUGAGGAUUCGUCUCUAAAGGUACAGACCCGCAUAUUUAUUUUUAGCAAUCCACCUGCCCACUUUUAAAAAUAUAUAUACAGAUAACAGUUGAACCUCAUUAUAACGAAGUUGCGUCUGACACAAAAAUACCUUCGUUAUAUCACUAUUCAUAGUGUUAAAGAGUAACAUUCUAGAUUUACUUUGUUAUAUCCGAUAAUUCGUUAUACCCAUGUUGACUAUGUGGAGGUUCAACUGUAUCUGAACGCUGAAGAACUCUGCAGGGUGGACAUAACAGGGGUGGCUAGCCCGUAUUGAUGCUAAAAGCCAGUGCAUUAUCUGUGACUUCACAAGAGCUGCUGCAAAAUUGUUUGCAUUCAACUUGACAUUAGACACUUUAUGUAAGUGUUCCAUUCUUUGCUGUUUCCAUCUCCGCCGGGGCAAGCCGUAGUUGUAGGACUUGGAAGUCUUCUAAGCUGUGUUCGAUAUGAGGGUCCACUCUAUAUAGACCUCUGUAAAUGUGACAAAAAUCGCUUCCCUGCGUUUCAGCCCCUCGCACCGGCCUAUCGGGGAGCUUUAGGUACCCCGGAUUCCUUGUGGCUGUUGGGUAGUCCUCGCACUCUUCAGGAAGAGUGGAGGAAAGUGUGCCGAACCACAUUGCCACUCUACUGGUUUCGAAGUCCAACGGCAUCUCGGAGACCAAGCAUUUGAGAAUGUGCGAAAUGUUUGUAUGGCCGUUAGGCGACUCCCGUGUGUGUCGCUCUAUACUAGGUAGUUCUCGCCACAAAUUGCCCAUAAACGCACGUUCGUCAAGCCCGACAGCCCUCAUUCCUUGAGAGUAUUUUGAGCCGUGUGUUGAAGACUGCGGUGGGUUCGCGAGACUUUGCAGCUCUUGCUGUAUGGCCCACUUUCGAGGACUUUUGAUGUCUCCAAGCUUGCUAGUGGUAGCCUUUUGGUUUGCGCUUGUGCGGUGUGUUUGGUGCGCAGUUGUGGUAUCUCCUGCAGUGUUGCUUGCUGUCUGUUAGCUUUGUGGUGGAUUUUUUUUUUUUUCUCUCUCCUACAAUGCUAGUGACAGUGGGCCCAGCAUAAACUUGUGCCUGUGGAAUGGGGCACAUGCCCCUCCUCUCCACGCUGUGUGGCUGUGAGGGUCAGUGCAAAAAAAAAAAUUACUGGGGCAUUGUUCUUCAGAAUGAUGCAAUGCUUGUCUUUUCGGACUGACGCAGCGUGUGCUUUCUUUGUCGAGUUGCUCCCCCCCCCCCCCCCCCCCCACGAAAGCUUGUCACUUACCGGGUUUUUGUUCAGCGAAUCUAGCUGCUGCUUUGUGUGCAAAACAAAGCAAGGAAAUCGGCUGAGUUAAGCCUAGAGGAACGAAGGAUUGGUAACGAGGACUCGCGUGCUGUGAAGCGUUAGUCCUAGUUGAUACGACUGACGAGCGAAGACGUGACAGUAUCGGUCGCCAGGUUUCGAUGCCCCUAUGCUUUCGGCCUUACGCUGCUCCCGUCCUGAUGCAUUACAUCUGCUUCGUUCACUUACGAUGUUCAUGUGUCAUAAGAGCGUCGUCUGCCGCAAACGCCGACUUGUCGCAGGCCGCGUCCGUCAGGACAUCCGGGGAUAGCGUCGGGAGAUAAGGGUUUCGGUACUGGGCGCCCUAGUCAGGCGUUUUCCUGAACCGUUGCGGAAUGAUUGUGCUUCACGGCAAAAUGCAACUGGCGUCGCGCGCGCAGCUUGUAAUAUUAUGAGUCGGCGAAUGCAUUUGGCAUGGUUUAAGUGUUGUUUUGAAGAUUAGUACGAUGGGCACGGAGGAUUUAGCAGCAGCUCGCAACACUAGCAUGCUAGUUAGUACCGUUUAUAGUAACCUGUAGUACAACACUUUGGCGUCGGAGCCAGCGUUCCCCCUUUUUCCGCCUCCCUCCGUUUUUUUUUAUUGGCCAUUUUGCACCAUGGCGAGACACUGUCAAAUUCGUUGGCUCAAAGCGCGAGCAUGGCAGAAUUUUACUUUGCCCAGUAUUAUUUCGGACAUUUGUAAAUUUUGCCAUGUUGGAAGCAACCCUGGGGUGAGCCAAUCAGGUUAUGACCGGAUAGCGAAUUCGACAAUAUGGUGGAUCAUGCCAGAGUUCAGGUGACUUGUGCACAAGAUCGUCCGCGCUUCUCGGAGAGAUGUGUACCUGGUAGCAUAAUGCCGUAACGACGCCUGAACGUGUUAGUCGCGAGCUGUCGCUAUAAUCUGCCUGCGCCGUCGCUUGGUACUCUUUGAAAGUGGGCAGUUCGGGUGUGCAACUGCCGUGAGCUGCGUUCGCGGGUAUGAAACCCGGCGGAUGCGACACCCUCGCCGCUUUGCGUCGGCCCAUCUCCGAUGUGCCUAGAGUUGAAUUACUGUAUAUGCUCCUUACGGGAUACAGUGACUCUAGGUGUGUCCGAACUACCGAAUUGAUCAAAAGUGCAGCUAGAAGCUUUCAGGAAUGUCCCGCAAUUAAUUGGGCGCGGGUUAAACUUGGGGGGGGGGGGGGGGGGGGGAUAAUCCCCACUGUCGACAUCCCCGUAACUCGUUGGCUUGCCAUCUGGAACUUCGGCAUUUCCUGCUGUAGAAUGAGCCUCAUUCGUUUAGGCAUCGCUCUGGUCCCGUACUCAGUUUUGUCUUCGUACUUGUAGCAGCUUGACCAAAUUGAAAGACGCUAGUUUGCCUUCCGCACGGUGCGUUUCUUGUAGAUUGCUUUAAAACACUGUGGUGCGGCAGGAUUAUCCCGUGAUGCACCUGAAACAUCUCUUCCGUGACUUCCAUCCCCCCACCACCAACCGUUGGCUUUGCGUACCUUACAGUGUCCCAUGGCAUAUCGCAUUUGUUGGUGGGGCCGUCUGUUCGAAGUGUUCUUCCGAUUGAGUUAUUCGGCAAACUGCCAUUUAGGAAACCAUCGUGGCUCCGGGCUAAAGUGACGCAGAAAGACACGGCUGGGCGCUUUCAGAAUCCGAUUUUUUUUUUCUCCCGUUCUGCUUUUAUGUUUCAAGCUGAAAGACCACUCUAUCGAUCGAUCUGCUAGACUACCCCCUCGCACAUCGUGUGUCGUGUUGAAGUGACCGAAGAACGCCCAUCUGUGAUAGGUAGUAGUUUAUAUACUGGUGACGUCAGCGACAGCCGUAUUUGGACUCGACCGGCAUCUCUGUUCUUUUUUGGGGGGGGUGAAAGAAAGGACCGCGGCGCUAGAUUUCCGCAGCCGCGUCCUUAUGAUGCAGACGGCGUCUGCGCAGUCUCGUCUGUUCGACAGACGCGUCGAAAGCAGACGACGCUUUUUGGCGGUCUCUCGCGCACCGACGCCGCUUUUGAGAGAAUCGCGAAGCGCUCUCCUUUGGGAGCACUGCCUAUAUAUUAUAUAUCUAUGUGCGACAACAUUUCGAGUAUCUAUACUAUGUGUAUCGGUAAUUGUGCCUCUGCGAGUGGCUUAGAAGCAGUACUGGUGGUCUGUUGCCGCGCGGUGUACUUUUCUUGAAGUUACUAACAUCCUUGCCGGGUCGCCAUCUUCACGUGUGUUAUCGCCUCCCCCUUUCCCCAUUUUUCAUUUUCACUGCGUUGUUUGCCCGAUCAGUUUGUUCGUGGAUUUAUGUGUGUUGUUGAACCUCCUGUUCUCUUUCCCCUACACAAAAAAAUCGAAAGUGCAUUUGAUAAUGAGAGUAAUAAAAAGAGUGAAAAGAAA